AUGAUAAGAUCAAGUAACAAAGAGCUGAUCAACAUGCAGAAACACACUGAACAUCUUACUCCAGAACACACUGAACAUCUUACUCCAGAACACACUGAACAUCUUACUCCAGAACACACUGAACAUCUUACUCCAGAACACACUGAACAUCUUACUCCAGAACACACUGAACAUCUUACUCAAGAACACACUGAACAUCUUACUCCAGAACACACUGAACAUCUUACUCAAGAACACACUGAACAUCUUACUCCAGAACACACUGAACAUCUUACUCCAGAACACACUGAACAUCUUACUCCAGAACACACUGAACAUCUUACUCCAGAACACACUGAACAUCUUACUCCAGAACACACUGAACAUCUUACUCCAGAACACACUGAACAUCUUACUCCAGAACACACUGAACAUCUUACUCAAGAACACACUGAACAUCUUACUCCAGAACACACUGAACAUCUUACUCCAGAACACACUGAACAUCUUACUCCAGAACACACUGAACAUCUUACUCCAGAACACACUGAACAUCUUACUCCAGAACACACUGAACAUCUUACUCCAGAACACACUGAACAUCUUACUCCAGAACACACUGAACAUCUUACUCCAGAACACACUGAACAUCUUACUCCAGAACACACUGAACAUCUUACUCCAGAACACACUGAACAUCUUACUCCAGAACACACUGAACAUCUUACUCAAGAACACACUGAACAUCUUACUCAAGAACACACUGAACAUCUUACUCCAGAACACACUGAACAUCUUACUCCAGAACACACUGAACAUCUUACUCCAGAACACACUGAACAUCUUACUCCAGAACACACUGAACAUCUUACUCCAGAACACACUGAACAUCUUACUCCAGAACACACUGAACAUCACAUCUUUAAUCAUUAA